ACACACUCGUUCUCUAUUUUUCCCGCCAAAUGGACCGGGAUCUCCAUUUCUGGAAAUCAGGAGUCAGGAGUCAGGACUCAGAAGCCGCCAUGGAAGGGGCAGAGCUAACCUCGGAGAAGCGGAGCAAUUCAUUGCUCUGCUCCUCUCAUCCCUUGAUGGGAACUCUCGCUUGCAGAGAAAAACUGCCAAAAGUGAAGAAUCAGCUCAAGGUUCAUCUGUUGUCAAAGAUCUCAGAUCCAGACGGGUCUUCUCUUCAUCUUCUAUCGACAUUCAAGAGGCUAAUUGGUUUUCUUGCAAGGACAAAAAUCCGAAAGGUUCUUCUUGCAAAGAGCGGAAUCUGGAAAAAUGUACAUAAUCGUUCUUGUAUUGACAAAGAUAGGGUCAAAGGUGAAUGCUUAAUUGGUUUGGGGAAGGUGGAUUUAGGAUUUUCUUCUAAAGAAAAGAGUGGCAGUGCAGAAGUUAGGGUUGAAGAUUCUGUGCAGUCGAUGCCACCGGAUGCUAAGAUCUUUUGUGGGAAAAGAAAGUUAGAGAGAAAUGCAAGUGCAGAAAUGAAUUUCGCAGUUCAUGUUUUGGAGAAGCAAUCAAAAGAAAGUAUCCAGAAAAUUUUUGGAGGCUCCAGAAAGGGUGAUUGUAGGAAUAAAUCAGUUUUUAAUCCACUUGCUCAUGCAAAGCUUUUCAAAACACCAAGGUCAUUCUGCUAGAGAAGAUUGCUUCCCUUUUUGACAGAUACCAAAGAAGAAUUUUGUUGUGAAAGAGGCCUGCUGGAAAGCCUCUGAAGCAGAACUUGCUAAACAAUGCCUUAACCAAAUGAAUAAAGAUCUAAACAUUCACUGCAGAAUCAUAUGUGGGAAGCAACCAAGGGUGAAAUUUGCCAAUUAUGAUGAUGAACAUAUCAUUUCCAUGACAGAUUCACAAAACAGAUGGUCUGACAUUAUGAGGAAUUUGCUGCAGUGAUAUUUGCUGUGCUUUCUUUUGGUUUCUGAUUUAUAAUUGGCUUUGAAGGUACAUUAUACAUCUCCAUAUUACAUAGCUAGCUGCCUGUAUUGACAAUACUACAGCUUAACUCUAUGAGGUGAAUGUAGUGUUGGGUUUGCAGAAUGAAGUUUGCAUUGUUAU